GUAGAGGAAUGUCAAUUUUACUCUCAGAAAUAGAAUUUUAUUCUCAGCAGAAUAAAGUGUGAUGGCUAAAGUGUCCAGUUUUGUUCGUUUCAUUUGCUCUUUUUCAUGCAAGUAAUUUGAAAGUGGCAGUGUACGCAGUUCUUUUUUAAUUAGUUAGUAAUUUUAAGUAAAAAAAAGAAAAUAGAAAGAUUUUGUAAAUUCAUUGUUAUUCACAUCUCAGCAAAGAAGGCAUAAAGCUUUUUAUUGAUUUUAAAAGAUGAUCAAAUAUAUAUUGUUUUUGCUGUUUGAGGCAUCGGUCCUCCUGCAAGGGUUCCAAGCCGUUAAAGAAGACAAAUUCAUACGAAUACCGCUUACUCGUAUUAAAACCGCUCGUAACCAUUUUCAUGAAGUCGGCACAGAGUUGCAGCAGUUGCGUUUGAAAUAUGGAAGUGCUAACGACGUCCGACCUGAACCGCUAUCCAAUUAUCUGGAUGCACAGUAUUAUGGGCCCAUCUCAAUUGGUACUCCAAGUCAAGAUUUUAAAGUGGUUUUUGAUACUGGUUCUUCAAAUUUGUGGGUCCCUUCAAAGCAAUGUCAUUUUACCAAUAUUGCGUGUUUAAUGCACAACAAGUACGAUGCUAAAAAAUCUAGCAGUUAUCAGAAGAACGGCACUGAAUUUGCUAUACACUACGGUUCUGGAAGUCUAUCUGGUUAUUUGUCUACUGACACAGUAAAUAUUGCUGGUUUAGAUAUAGAGGGACAAACUUUUGCCGAAGCGUUAAGUGAACCUGGUUUAGCUUUCGUCGCCGCUAAAUUUGAUGGUAUAUUGGGCUUAGGGUAUAGUUCAAUUGCUGUGGAUGGUGUCAAGCCUCCAUUCUAUCAAAUGUACGAGCAAGGAUUGAUUUCACAACCAGUGUUUUCAUUCUAUCUUAGCCGUGAUCCCAAGGCUCCGGAAGGUGGUGAAAUAAUUUUUGGUGGUUCCGAUCCUAAUCAUUACAAAGGCGAAUUCACUUAUCUGCCCGUAACACGCAAGGCCUAUUGGCAAAUGAAAAUGGACUCUGCUUCUGUGGGUAAUUUGCAUUUGUGUCAGGGAGGCUGUCAAGUAAUAGCCGAUACGGGGACUUCCUUAAUAGCUUUGCCUCCAAAUGAAGCCACGUCGAUUAACAAGGCCAUUGGUGGCACGCCUAUAAUGGGAGGACAGUAUAUGGUAGCUUGUGAAAGCAUUCCAAAUCUGCCUGUUAUCAGAUUUGUAUUGGGUGGCAAAACAUUUGAGCUAGAAGGCAAAGACUACAUUUUACGCAUAGCCCAAAUGGGGAAGACAAUUUGUCUUUCUGGUUUUAUGGGCAUCGAUAUACCGCCACCGAAUGGACCAAUAUGGAUAUUGGGUGACGUUUUCAUUGGCAAAUAUUAUACUGAAUUUGAUAUGGGUAAUGAUCGCGUAGGUUUCGCUGAAGCUAAGUAACACUUUGAUAUUAUUCCUUUGCUUUGACUUAUAUUUGCUUUAAAGAUUUACUGUCAAUUUUCAAAAUGUUGAUUUCCUUAGUCACUAAAGUGUACUAUUAAGUUACUAAUUUAAUAAACAUUCCAACAAGAAAUUGUAUGAAA